GCUGGACGGCACGCGAGUGAGGAGGUGACGUCGUGCACUUUAUGUACAGCACGUCGUCCGACACUUCAUAACUGCUCAGAGUAGGUCCACGAACAGAAUAGAGGACCCAGAAACGGACCCCCACGCGUGCGGCCAACGCAUCUCCAACAGAGCGGGAAAGAAUAUCCAGUGGAAAAAAGACAGUCGCGUCGGCAAGUGGUGCUGGGAAAACUGGACAGCGACGUGCAGGAGAAGGAACCCGGGCCGCCUUCUGACACCAGACACACGAGAACUAGAAUUUGUAAAAUAUCAACGUGAAGCAAAAAAUACGUAGCCUAGUGCUCAGCUUUUGAGUUUCUAAGUAGAUUUAAAACAAACAAACAAACAAACGUAAUGGUGUUGAGAUCUGAGACUUUGAUUUGAAAGAACUGUGUGCUUUGAGAUUUAAGAAGUCGGGUCUUCAGGGAACCCAGGUGGAGUUUAUUUGUGGGCGGUACAGAAGGGAGACGACACGAGCAAACCGUCCGGCGUGGGCAUCCCCGCGAUGUCUUAGCCUGCCCUGGAUGGGACAGGACACGAAAGACGAAAGACAGGUGUGGAUGUGGCGCUGCUGCCUCCCAGACCGCCCCCCCCCCCCCCCCGUCCCCGCCAGCGGAGCUGUGCAAGCCGGAGACAGCCUGGUCCCCGGUCCUCUGCAUGUGAGCCCCUCCCAUGCGUACUGCGGGCUUCACAGUCACGCAGGACAGUGCCGGAGGUUUCCCUGCCCCCAGGAGGGUGCAUACGGGGGAGAAGACCGGGAAAACGGCUGCCAUGGUGCCGACUACCGGCCCCGGGAUCCAGCACCCAGGGCCGCUGCCUUGCGGAUGGAUAGUGGGCGGAGGGUGGCCUCCCUGUCCUCAGCUGCUACUGAGCCCCCCUCAGCCCAUCCGGGAACUUAGAGGUAGGUAGGGGCGCGGAAACAGAAUGGCCAAGGCCGGAAUGAAAUUUGAUUUAAAUCUGAAAUACUACUUGCUAAUUGUAGGAUGUGACCAGAUUAUAUUCUGCUAGAUUGAAUAUCUAGGAACUUGUUUUAGGAAAAUACAGGUAUGCUUUGCACAUCCCUGCCUACCUCCUGUAAAAACGGUACCUACUACUCUAAACUUCCCGAACCUUGGCAUACUCGGAGGUCGAGAAUUCUAGGUGCGAUUGGAUACGGUCCUGUAUCUCCUGGUCAUGGUAGAGAUAUCGUGGGGACAGAUACUGGACUCACGGAAACUGAGUAGGCUUGGGCCAAGGACGUGAUCUGUGCUCCUCUAAGAGUUUAGGGUAUAGGUCAGAGGAAUAGAAGCCACAAAAGGGGGCGGGGCUAUGAGUUGAAUCAGAGAAGAGUUUCGAGCGAGAGGGGAUGAUCACCAGUAUCAAAUGCAGCUAACUAGAAAAUAGACACGCAUCUGACUGUUGGGACGACUUUGGGGACCUCUAGAAGGUGAAGGUGGAAGUCAGAUGGAGGGGAGGUAAGGAGGGGGGGGAGCGGAUGGCCUGACGGGUUUUGUGGGACUGGCUGUUGUUUCUAGGGCAGAAAAAGUGUGGCCACGUUUCCAUGGAAGCAUGUUUCCAGCCACGCCAGUAGCAGGGAAGAGGUGGACGAUUCCAGAGAGACCAGGUCGGCAGAAGCACAUCCCAAAGGAAGCGGGAAGGCCUUCAGCAAAGCGGCGGGUGUGCUUGAACCGGAUGGGGGGACCUCCCGUUUCACGAGGCAGGAGAGAGAACAGGAGGAAGUCCGGUGGGUGCAGAUUCGUCCAGCGGGGUGUGGAAGCCACCCAGCUCCGUGUUCUGGACGAAGCAGGAAAUGUGUUUGUCUGUCACAGUGAGGCCAGCCGGGUGGCUCAGUCCGUUGAGUGUCAGACUUGAUGUCCGCUCAGGUCGUGAUCUCGUGACCCGUGGGAUUGAGCCCCGCGUCGGUCUCUGUGCUGAUGCAUGCUUUUUCUCCAAUAAACGUAACGGAGAGGGAAGUUAAGUCAGGGGAGAGGCCUCUGGCCUUGAGAGAAACCUCGGGGAUUUGGAGUGGAGAAGGCUGGAGAGCAAGCCGUGCAAGGCAUUGGAGAGAUGGAUCCGUGUUGCUGAGGCCCUAGUAGAGGCUGGAGCCUGCGUUUCUAGAAGGAUUAUCUUAAAUUGCUGUGUGACUUUCUCCAGCAAGGAGUCCCCGGAAGCAGGGAUCCGGAUGUUGGGGUUUGGCUGACAGGGUUUUAUGGCAGGUGACUCAGAGCGAGCUAAUGUGUGGGAACAGUCCCCAACGUGUCCAGUGGCUCGGAAACAGCUUGUUCCUGCCUGGAGACUGCUCUUCUUGGGGUGACCGGAAAUUUGGGUUUCUCCCAGCUUGUGGUUCCGGCAUCCCUGGGGCCUCGUCGCUGCCCCUCCCUCCUGCUGGAAGCGGGGAGCACGCUGUGCCCUCCAGCAUCAGCCCGGGAAACCCACACUCCUGGCCCUUGAGCGGAAAGGAGCUGAGCCCACAAAACCGGUGACUGUCCCCCGAAAUCUGGAGACACAGGCUGAGAUGUGCUGAGCUGGAACCGGAAACUGGGUGGAACAGCUGAGUGCUCAUUGUGACAGAUUCUGGAGGACGGCUGCGCACCUAGGCUGGGGCCUGGGCGCUGCCGUCUUGGGGGCUCACUUCCGUGGGCUUUUACGCGCAGAACACCACCUGCUCCGCAAGGCAGGGAGGGGACAACGGCAAGUGUCUUACUCGUAGACCGUGAAAAGCCUGUCUGGCCUUGUGCCACCCGGGGAGGGCAUCUCUCCCACUCAGCCCCCCGCUUGUGAAGGUGGCAGAUCCAUUAAGAACCCGACCUAGUUACGGGAUUCUAGAACACUCCUCCUGUCCCACGCUGUACGCGCACGCCAGCGGGUGGCUGGUGCAGCCGUAGUGGGUCCCCAGCGAGAGAGAAAGCCGCACUCAGGAAGCCCAGGUCGGCGGGAGACGGAGAGGUGGACGCCGGAGGUCCUGCCCGGAUUCAUAGGAAACCUCAUGCUAAAAGCUGUUUACGUCAGUUCCUAUUACGUGGUGCGUCACGUCCGGCUUGAAACAAACCUCGUAAGACACGCCGCCAGGUAGGGAAAAAGUCUGACGAAACGAAGCAAGCCUCAGGGCCGGGCCCCUGUGUGACCCCGUGUUUGGAGUUAGACCGGGAACGUGCAGGGUCCGUGGUCAACACGUUAAGGGCUCUAAUAGGGAAAGCAGACGUUGUGUGAGAGUUAACUAACUUUGAACUUAAGUUUUUAAAGAAGUAAAUUAAGUCAAUAAAUAACCUCGACAUCUAAGGGAAAAAAAAAGUUACGGGUCCACUGCAUGUCCACGUGGGGAAACCGCAAACUGUCCCGUCCCCACCCACGUCAAACGGAAAACCCAGAUUCACGGGCCAAGAGAUGCGACCGAGGUCAGCGGAUGUGGACGCUGCCUUCAGGGAGGUGGACACUCAGGACCAAGAGGAGGUGGUGGAAAUGAAAAUCACUGUAGCAGAAACGAAGACCGUCGGUGGCGAGCUUCUCGGUGGGCUGGACACGGCCCAGGGGAGACUCCGCCCAAAGACACGCGCAGAGAGACCUCCCGAACGAGAAGCAGAAAGGAAAAGGAACGGGAAGGGGGACCCAGAAGCCUGGAGCGGAGCCCCCGAGGAGCGAGGACACUCCCAGCAGUGCAACACACCCCUAGCGGGGACACUGGCCGCAGAGAGGACAGACAGGCAGGUGAAGCAGUAACGCUGAGCGUUCCCUAAAACUAGCGGCAGACGCCAGCCGCGGAUCCAGGACGCUCGAGGAACACCGAGCCCGGUGAAUGCCAGGAAAGGCGGGACCCACUUGUGUGACACUCAGGCCGUGGCGACCCAAAGGCAGGGAGCACCUUGACGGAAGCCAGAGGAAGUCAGAGCUCCGGCCUGGAAAGGGGCAGGCCACCCCCCCACCUCCCACACCGCCGGGAACGGGUGUCCCCUCGCCGUCGCGCAGGCCGGAGGAGGGGGCCGGCCCAGGGAGGAAAAGGACAGCUGAAGGAUUAGCCAGAGUCUUCCAGAACCUGGGAGGGAGGAGGAACCGGUAGACUGAACACGACCACCCGGUUGGGAAACUGGAGAGCGGGAGACCCCCUCGCCCCCACCGCCUUCCCAGUCACGCUGCCGGACGGCACGAGCAGGGAGGCGAGUGUGCACCCACGUGCCGCCGCGUGCAUGCCGUGGGGCUCGGGAGUGCGACGGGUGGCGUGCGGUUUACGGUCACGCGUGGAAGCGUGGGUCGCCGUGGGGGGACGUCUGUGGGCGCCCCUGUGCCGCCUUAGGUGGUCGCGUCCGUUAUAUGCCGGCUCCUUCUCUGAGCUUCCAGAGGUGCUCUCCGUUAGCGUCUUCUGAGGCGUUAGAUCCAGUUGUGCGCCUCGUCGUCCCCCGAGGCGGUCGCCCGCCACACGCCUUGCUCCUAGCACUCGUCUUGUGCCGUGGAGCGGCGGAGGCUUCCGCGGUGAAGGUUUCCGUCUGUCCUCGCAUCGGGUUCAAGAACAGAGUGACAUUGCGUCUGCGUUACCCCGUUGUAACUCUUACCUUCCGUUCCCACGCGUGCACCAGAGCGCACAAACCUGAGGCGUGCGGGUCGGCGAGCCACCUCCCCGUCUGGCACUUGGGCGGGAAAGGGCGCUCCGGGAGCUUCCCUGCCUCGCUCUUUCCUCCCCGCGCAGAGCCACCGUCCCGCCUCGGCGGCACGACUCCUCUCGCUCUCCCGUUUGCACAACGCGGUUUCGGGAAGCGUGUUGUGUUGAGCCUGGCUCAUCGGGCGCAAAGCUCUGCGUGUGUGAGGCCGGCCGCAGCUGCUGCCGUGUGCCGCGUCGGUGCCCGUGUCCCCGGUGUGACCGCGAGCGCGUGGUGCGUCGUCUGCAGUCGAGGGAGGGAACCUUCGGGCCCCGCCAGCGUGUCGCUGUUCCCUGUGGUUCUGCGGCAGACGUCGGCGUGCGUGUGUCGGCGUGCGCCCAGGCGUGCUUCCCCUGGGUGGGGGCCUGGCCGCACGAUGUGUUCACGGUCGCUUCGCGGGAUCCCAGUCUCCAGGAUGAGACACGCUUUUCGUCCGUCCCGGUGCCGGGAGCCCCGGUUCCGCCGUGACCUGGUGCCCGCCCGCAUCGCCUGCUUUUCCCGCUGGGAGCGUCGUAGGGAUAUGUGGGGACGCUUCCUGUGUUCUUUGUCCUCACUUCCCCGAGGACCGAUGAGGCUCAGCUCCCUUCCUGAGCUUCCUGGCGGCCCCGGGCGUGUUGGUGUGAGAAGCACCCGUGUGUGUGUGUGUGUCUGUUUGUCCCCCGGCCGUUAGUCCUUCCCGUCUCCUGCUGAGCAGGUGGCCGCUAGGGCGUGGGACUGCCCCGGCCUCGAGCUCCUGGAGUCUUGCGGAAUAGUGGUUCUCUACUGAUCCAGCUGGCUCCUUGUCUUUCCGGCGUGAGGGCUCCCUCCGCCCCGGGUCCCGAAGACACUCCCUUAUCUUCUUACCCUGUCACAUCUCUUGACCUGUGAGACCGGGUUUUCUCUUUGGUGUGCGUGGGGACGGGACAGUUUGUGGUUUUCCCAUGUGGACAUGCAGUGGACCCGUAACCUUUUGUUUUUUUUCCCUUAGACGUCAAGUUUUAUUUAUUGACUUAUUUUACUUGUUUAAAAAUGUAAAUUCAAAGUUAGUUAACAUAGAUUGUAAUAAUUAUUUCAGGAACAGAAUCUAGUGAUUUAUCCCUCACGUAUUACACCCAGUGCUCGUUCCAACAAGUGCCCUCCUUCGUGCCCGUCACCCCUCUAGCCCAUCCCCCAGCCACCUGCCUUCAUCAACCCUCAGUCUGUUCUCUGCAUUUAGGAGUCUUACGGUUUGCAUCCCUCUCUGUGUUUGCCUUAUUUUGUCUUCCCUUCUCCUGUGUUCAUCUGUUGUGUUUCUUAAGUUCCACAUAUGAGCGACAUCGUGGUAUUUGUGGUUCUCUGACUGAUUCGUUUUGCUUAGCCUGACACACUCUAGUUCCAUCCAUGUUGUUGCAUGUGGCAAGAUCUCAUUCUUUUUGAUUGCUGAGUAGUAUUCCAUUGUAUACAGACCACAUCUUCUUUAUUCAUUCACGUGUCUGGACAUUUGGGCUCUUUCCAUACUUUAGCUAUGGUCGCUAGCACUGCUGUAAACAUCGGGGUGCAUAUGCCUCUUUGACUCAGUGCUUCCUGUAUCCUUUGGAUAAAUUCCUAGUAGUGCAAUUGGUGGAUAGUAGGGUGGUUCUAGUUUUAAUUUUUUGAGGAACCUCCAUGCUCUUCUCCAGAGUGGCUGCACCAGCUUGCAUUGCCACCAACAAUGCAAAAGAGAUCCUCUUUCUCCGAAUCCUCACCAACAUCUGUUGUUGCCUGAGUUGUUAAUUUAGCCACUCUGACAGGUGUGAGGUGGUAUUGCAUUGUGGUUUUCAUUUGUAUCUCCCUGAUGAUGACGACGGUGAUGAUGAUGGUGAUGAUGAUGUUGAGCAUUUUUCGUGUGUUGGUUGGCCACCUGAAUGUCUUCUUUGGAGAGUGUCUAUUCAUGUCUUUUGCCCAUUUCUUCACUGGAUUAUUUGUAUUUUUGGGUGUUGACUUUGAUAAAUUCUUUAUAGAUUUUGGAUACUAACCCUUCAUCUGAUAUGUCGCUUGCAAAUAUCUUCUCCCAUUCUGUCGGUUGCCUUUUAGUUUUGCUGAUUGUUUCCUUCGCUGUGCAGAAGCUUUUUAUCUUGAUGAGGUCCCAAUAGUUCAUUUUUGGUUUUGUUUCCCUUGCCUCCAGAGACGUGUCAGGUAAGAAGUUGCUGCGGCCGAGGUCAGAGAGGUUGUUGCCUAUUUUCUCCUCGAGGAUUUUGAGGGCUCCUGUCUUACAUUUAGGUCUUUCAUCCAUUUAGAGUUUAUUCUUGUGUCUGGUGUGAGGAAGCAGACCCAUAACCGUCUUGACGGUCUGUCCUUUCCCCGGUGCCGCAGGCAGGCGUGGGUGCAUGUCUGUGUGCAGCGGGUGUGCGUCCGGACCCUCUUCUCCGAUGGCCCUGUUCAUGUUCAUCAGCUUCUGUGCUAAAUGGUCUUCAGUUAGUGCAGGGGCUUUGAUUCGGAUUGCUUUUAAUCUUCAGAGAACUUUGACGCAUGCUGUGUAUCCCACGUUCAUUCAGGUGUUAUUUAAGUUCCUCAAUAAUGUCUUAGGAUUUUUCUUUGUAGAGUUUUGUACACCUUUUGUUCAAUUU